AUAAAGACAUUUCCCGCUGACCACCGGAAAUGUGUGUAGUGUUUAGUGCAAAAAAAAUCAAAGAAAAUUCAACGGUGGUGCUGUGUGUGGCCUGCAAUCGUUCCGGGAACACGUAUCCCGCAACGUGAUAAAUAGUUGUAAGGAAUUUGUAAAACGCUUCGUAUGUUUACACAUAAGAGUUUCCACACGGAACUGUUGCACGCCCAUUCAUGCCAUAGCGUUUGCGGGAAGGAAUGCAGCAACGGUAAAUAAGUUAAUUAUACACACAUACAUAUGACAUUGCUAGCGGCUACGAUGCUUCUGUUUUGCAGCCGAUAUAGCACAAUAGUGGGCGCGUGUAUCCACCACAGUUUCUCUAUCCAUCAUAUCAAGAAAGAAAAGAGAACGAAACAAUAAAGACAAUGCCAAUGAAAAGCGAUCGACGGUUGAACGAUAAGUGUCUGUAGAGCAAGUGGUCACAAGUGAUGCAAUUAAAUGCCACGCACGUUGUAUUGCGUGCAACCUUUUAAGGAUAUUCAAUUAUAAUUCGAUUAAAAUGCUUCACACAUGAUCAUGAUUAUGAAGCAAACAGGUAGCGAUGACGUCUAUUAAAUGGCAGGAGGCAUCACAAGAAAUCGUAGCAUCAGCUGAGGCAUCCUGCUGUGACACAUCGCUAUGUGCCAAUAUACGUAUGUACAUGGAUGGAUGAUGGUGUAGCAUGAACAAGAGCAUACGGACAUAUUUGUAAAAUAUACAUUUGUUGCAGUGUUUGUGUGUGUGUAUACAUAUAAAAUAGUGCUUUAAUGUUGUCACUUAAAAUCAAACCAUAAAUGAUGGUUGUCCAUGACAAGCUGUAUCAGUGCAAUGAACGAAUUGCAUUGAAUUGACGAAUUUCCCCAUCAAAUAAAUACCCAUAUGUAUGUACAUACGAGUACAUACAAAUGUGUAAAGUGCAGAUGAUGGUUAGCGCGCGUGUGUUAGUGCGUUCGAAAGUGUGCAUAUAUGAAGAAGUAAUUAAUAUCGAACUUUUAUUUAUACUCAGCGCACGAUUGUACUGACAACUUUAUCUCGCAAAAUAUGGCAAAAAAAAAAAAAAUGUGUAUGUACAUAUGUGCAUAUAUUAAAAAUAAAAGCCGAGAAAUAAUCAAUUAAGAGUAUGAUGUGAAAACAGUUAAUUGCUGCUGUCAACUAAAUAGUUUUACCGCAAUUAUCGUAAUCAAAAUGAUAUGUUGCUGCCGGAUGAAACUUACGACGAACACAUAGAGCAUGCGACUGUAGCAACAGCCGAUCAACAACAACUGGAGCAGGGGUCCCCUUCAACCGCGUUAAAUAGCAACCAAACAAGGAAACUUAAAAAUUCCAAAACCAAAGCUAAUCAGCCGAGCUAUCAGAGACUACACAAUGCCUCGCUCUCGGGCAGCGCAGAAGCGACCAGUGGCAGUGCCAGCAGCGAUAGUCGAUUUAGCGGCAGCGGGAUUGUGUCAUUUCCCUAUUCUACUUCAAGUUUUUUCACAAACAUCCUCGACAACUUGGGUGACAUAUUGCCGCAAAUCGCGGAAUUCACACAGAAAGCUCAAGGAGCGCAAAACCGAAUUGCCGAAUCGCCGUUGGAAAGUGCGAGUGUUAGCCUCAGUAGUAGCGAAAGCGCCGAGGGCGCGGGCGCGGAAAACAGCGAACACUUGACGGCGCAUGCAGAUGUGCUUCGUGUUGUUUGCGAUAAUUUCCUGCGUCGACAUCGCAUACGUCCGGAUUUCUUCUGUCAGUACCAGCAAGCGAUCAGCGCAACCAAAACUAAACCAAAGAAUGCGACAACAGCGACAAUUGCAUGUGCGCAACCCAUUACAGUUGCUGCUAAACCGACGUGUGUAAGAGAAACCGAGGCCAAUGGUGUGACAAUAAACUCUGAAGAGCUGACGGCAGAGCUGCAGCGGCAACGACAACGGCAACGGCAACAGCAAAUGCAACAACAGAAUGCAGAAUUGCGAAACCUUUAUACAUUACCGCUGGUGAAGCGCAAGAAAGCGUGCAAUACGAUUGAAACAACAGCAACAAUAACAAGAACAUCAGCAGCAGCAGCGGCAGCAUCAGUUGCCUCUUCUGGUCCAGACGCAUCCUCAUCCAACGAAGCUGUGCAUCUACAACAACGACUCAAGAGUCUCAGCACGGAAUUAGUCACUCUGCGCAAUCGACUGCAUGUUGGUCAGGGGCAGCAAAAUAAUAAUAAUAACAACAACAACAAUAUUAAUAACAAUAAUAAUGCUAACAAUCACAACAACAGCAAUAACAAUAGCAAUAAUAACACGAUCAAUUGCAAUGUGACAACGAUUGGCAGCGUACAACAGCAACAACAACAACAACAUCAACAGCAACAUGGCAACAAUUCAACGCCAUUAACAGGUCUCAAUUUACAUGCAUCCACACCGAAUCUGCACAACAACACUGCCCUGCUGCAUCAUAGCAAUAAUAGUUUGGCAGCAGCAGCAGCCGCCGCCACAACAACAACAACAACAACAACCGCAAUAGCAACAAAUUGUAGUAUUAAUAACACCACAUUGCAACAACAUCAACAGCAACAACAAUUACAAUUAUCACACUCUACGCUAAUUCCCACACUAAGCAAUAAUAAUAAUAAUAACAACAACAACAACAACAACGCCAUUAACAAAGCUAAUACCGGUAAUAAUAAUAGCAACAACAACCAUAUUAGUAAUAAUAAUCACACCAACAAUGCAGCGUUGACGUCAUGCAAUAGCACAAACAACACCAAUAGCACAUUCACGCACAUCAACAGCAACAGCAACAAUAGCAACAACAAGUCACAUUUGCACACCUUUAGCCAUCACACAUUGCCGCAUAACUCGACGAUUUCCGCUGGCAACACAUCCACAUUGCCCGCAGGCGGUGCUGUUGGCAUCAUUUCCACACGCAACACUUCCAUACCACACCCAUUACCGGCGUCUAUACAACAGCAACAGCAGCAGCAGCAGCAACAACAACAACAACCACAACAGCAGCAUCAACAACAUCAGCAUUCACAUCAACAACACCAACACCAGCAACAGCACCAACAGCAACAGCAAUAUCAACAUUCCGCGCACACGCUUCCAAUGCGCUCCACAGCCAAUGUUGGCUCACAUGUCCAUCAUCAAAUAAGCCAUAAUUUGCCACCCUUCAUACCGAUCGCACAGAAGCAUACAAUAAGUGCCAGUCAUGGUAGCAGUUUCAGCAAUACGGUCGCACCUUUCGGCUAUAACAGUACAAAUUUGGAGCAACGCAGUGGAAGUCAUGCAUAUUUGGGUGGUCUACAAACUCACCCCGGUAGUGGAGCUGUUGGCAUCGGCAACAGCAACAAUGGUGGUCAGAAACAGCCACGCGAUAUUGAGGAUUUAAUACAUUUGCCAGGUCCACUGACUGAAGAUGCGGUAAUGCGUACACUGCAGGCACGUUUCAAGGACAAUUGUUACUUUACAAACGUUGGUCCCAUAUUACUCUCAAUCAAUCCCUAUCGGGAUGUUGGAAAUCCACUUACGCUCACCUCAACGCGUUCAUUGCCCUUGGCUCCGCAACUUAAUAAAAUCGUACAGGAGGCAGUGCGCCAGCAAACGGAGACUGGCUAUCCGCAAGCCAUUAUACUCUCUGGCACUUCGGGCGCUGGUAAGACGCACUGUUCGAUGCUUUUACUACGUCAGCUUUUUGCUGUCGCCGGUGGCGGUCCAGAAACUGAUGCAUUCAAGCAUUUGGCUGCCGCUUUCACAGUGCUACGCUCUUUGGGUUCCGCUAAAACUACUACCAAUUCAGAAUCGAGUCGUAUUGGUCAGUUUAUUGAAGUGCAGGUCACCGAUGGUGCACUUUAUCGCACAAAAAUUCAUUGUUACUUUUUGGAUCAGACACGUGUCAUACGUCCACUGCCGAAGGAGAAGAAUUAUCAUAUAUUUUAUCAAAUGCUAGCUGGUCUGAGUCGGGAAGAACGUAUCAAAUUGAAUUUGGAGGGUUAUUCGCCAGCGAAUUUGCGUUAUCUACAGAGUGGUGAUGUUGUGCAAAAUGAACAGGAGGACGCGACUCGCUUUCAAGCAUGGAAGACGUGUUUGGGCAUAUUGGGCAUACCGUUUUUGGAUGUAGUGCGUGUUUUGGCGGCUGUAUUGCUAUUGGGCAAUGUGCAAUUCAUUGAUGGGCAGGGCCUCGAAGUGGAUGUCAAAGGUGAAGCUGAGUUGAAUUCUGUUGCAAGUCUCUUGGGUGUACCGCCAGCCGCAUUAUUCCGUGGCCUCACCACUCGCACGCACAACGCACGUGGUCAAUUAGUAAAAUCGGUCUGCGACGCUAAUAUGUCCAAUAUGACACGUGAUUGUCUGGCAAAAGCUCUGUACUGUCGUACCGUUGCCACUAUUGUACGUCGCGCCAACAGUCUUAAACGCUUGGGCUCCACUUUGGGCACAUUGAGCUCGGAUUCGAAUGAGUCUGUGCACAAUCAGGCGGAUGUAGCAUCGCAGCAUGCCUCUACCAUCGGCGGCAACUCUGGCUCAAAAUCGAUGGCUGCUUUAAAUAAUGCUGUGCGUCAUGCUACCGAUGGAUUUAUUGGUAUUUUGGAUAUGUUCGGCUUCGAGGAACCAUCACACGCACAGUUAGAGCAUCUCUGUAUUAAUUUGUGCGCUGAGACAAUGCAACAUUUCUACAAUACGCACAUCUUCAAGUCUUCUGUGGAGUCUUGUCGUGAUGAGGGUAUCGUUUGCGAUGCCGAGGUGGACUAUGUCGAUAAUGUGCCCUGUAUCGAUCUGAUCUCCUCGCUGCGUACUGGACUUUUGAGCAUGUUAGAUGCUGAAUGUUCUAUACGCGGCACCGCUGAAAGUUAUGUGGCUAAAGUUAAGGUGCAACACCGCAAUUCAUCACGUUUAGAGACCAAACACUCAAGCGACCCCUAUGAUCCACGCAUGUUUAUGAUACGACAUUUUGCGGGACGUGUUGAGUAUGACACCACUGAUUUUUUAGAUACAAACCGCGAUGUGGUGCGCGAUGAUUUAGUUGCUGUUUUCUAUAAGCAUACCUGUAAUUUUGGUUUCGCAACGCAUCUCUUCGGUUCGGAGCUGAAAGCUUUGUACGCUUUGCAAAAUGUGCCACGAGGCCUCAGUUUCCGUAUUUCACCUACAUCACAUACGGAUCUACUGAAUGGCGAUGAGCCGGUUUCGACGCUCACACAAGACUUCCAUACACGGCUGGACAAUCUACUACGCACAUUGGUUCAUGCACGUCCACACUUUGUACGUUGCAUACGCAGUAAUGCCAAUGAGACCGCCGGUUGUUUUGAACGUAAGAUGGUCGUUCGUCAGAUACGUUCACUGCAGGUGCUCGAAACGGUCAACUUAAUGGCAUCUGGUUUUCCGCAUCGCAUGCGUUUCAAGCAGUUCAAUGCACGUUACGUCGCUAUGUUGGCACCGUUCCGCAUGCAUCGGCGCAGCGAGGAUAAAGCGAUGGAAGACUGCAAUCUCAUAUUAGAAUUUGCAAUGGAGAAUCCACCAGUAUUGGACGGCUCUGUCACGCUUGCUUGGGCGCCAGGUAAGCGCCAUGUAUUCCUCAGCGAAGGUAUGCGCCAGCACUUGGAACAUCUGCGUGCGGAGAUACGCACAAAGAGCGCCACAUUAAUACAGGCCACCUGGCGUGGCUGGCAAUGGCGCAAGAAGAUGGGCAGUGUGAAGCGUACGCGUGGCGUUGGCAAUGGCGUCAUAUCUAUGCUGCCAGCUGCUGCAAGUGCAACAAAAUUAACGAAAUUGUUGCCCAACAGCGGCGCAAAUUCACUGCCGCGCUUAUCUGCUAAAUCGUCGAAUCUUAUGGGCACCGUUACGCGUCCACGACCGCAACCAAUUGCCGGCACACCACCGCCAGAUCCAAAUGAGAAAUGCGACACAAAAAUAAUCCAGCAAACAUGUAGUCUCUUCGGAUUAGAUUUGGAACGUCCACCGCCCGUACCACCGUCUCGUGGCUACACCAUAACUGACAGUUUGAAGCUAAGUUAUCCGCAGAGUCGCAUCAUGAAAAUGAAUUUCCCUGAAGAUCCACCCAUCGUAAAUCCGGCCGAACAAUUGCAACAACAGUUGAAGAAGGGCGAAGCCGUGAGCGUUGUGGGAGCUUCAUCGUGUCGCGGACAUUUGAUUGUCGAGCACAAAGGUCAGAGUUACCACGUACCGUUUCAGUAUAUGGAGUUGUUACGUCCGACGGCUGUUGCCGCUGGCAUCGUUGGCGGUGUGACAAAUAAUCCAAAUAAUGCUACAAAUGUUAAAAACAACAACAACAUGGCUAAUAAAAAUAGUAGCAGUACAAGCAAUUUGGCUAACAAUUGCAAUAACAAUAAUGCUAAUGUUGGUGUGAACAACGCCAACAACAACGGUGGUGCUAAUAACAACAACAAUACGGCCAACACCUCGGCAGCUGUCAAGAUUUGAGGGGAGUUGAUUGCGUAGCGCGGUAAAAGUGCUGUUUAUGGAAUGCGCGCAAAAACAAAACUGACGAGAGUGACAGGUAAAGCGGCGCAGCUGUGACCACAAAACAAAUCACAACGGCUUCCGUGGCUUAGGAGCUUCGCGAAUUGCGCGGCAAUGCAUAUCCGUGGGAGAGCCAUCGACAGCAUUAUGUAUUUCAUGUUUAUUUUUUUAUUUUCACAAAGACUGUAAAUAUAUUUUUAACUCUAGGUGCAAACAAGCA